CAAGGCAACAGCGUCGGGAGACGCCAGUGUGACGAACUUUGAGCACCUGUUCGUGCCCUACAACUUUGGGACUGCAGAACCCAAGAGAACACACACAGACGUACACGGGGGAAAAUGGAAAAAAACGAGCAAGACAACGUCUACGAAAAGGUAGAGGAAGACCGUUUGUAUGAGACACCAUAUGAGAAAUCAGACAGUCCAGCUGAGGCAAAGUAUGAAAACCAAGGCGCUAUAUACGAGACCCCCAGUGAUGUGACCGAUGCGAUAUACACCGACGUGGAGGUGCACGCCGCUACGGACGACAAUGACCGCUCGUCGCCCGAUUACAUGGACACCAGGGAGAUUGCCCAGGGCGACGCAUCCCAGACCUCCGAGGAAAGUAAGAAGGAAGACGACGACUCGGAUUCGGCAGAGAGCAGCCAGGAGGAAAAAGUAGAAACCGCAGCUGAGGUUCAGGAGGACAGCUCGUCCAGCUCGUCUGAGGAUGAGGAGGAGAAGGAAGCUCCUCGGGUCCAGAAGGUGAACGGAGAUGCAGCCGCACUAGAGAGCUCGUCCUCGUCCUCGUCCGAGCAGGGCGAGCCAGCCGAACCUGCCAGUGCGGAUCCGUGCGAUGACACCCCGGUGCACAUGGACGAGGAUAACGCAGACGACGGGCUGAUGAUGGCUUACAGUAUACCCCCGAGCAAAGUAAAUGAACCGGAGGAGAUUGUUGACUACAGCCUCAAACCUGCUGAAAAUGACACUGUAGUUGAGGACAACUCUGAUCCAACACAACCCGAAAUCUCUCUUUUUGUCCGGCUGUCGCUCGGCUCGUCACGGGACCUGCAGGUCCGGGCGGGUCACCGCAGGCCUCAGGUGCCAGGACCUGAACCUCUUCUCUUCCUAAUUAGGAGGGGAGGGUGGUGCAGCGAGACGGGGGUUGUUUUGGAGUGGAGCGAGCGUCUCCGUUGCCAGCGCCGGAGGGGGGCGGGGCUCCUCCCCCCAGUGUCACCUAUCCCGUCUCCCCCGCUGCUUUUGGACUCAGUGCGACUGUGUGAAGCGGAGAGCGCUGACAGCCUGUGGCUCAGGCGACAGCGCAAACCCCCCAGCAGAGGCACCUGCUGCCCCGCCAGGACUGCUAACCCCCUGGAGGGGGGGGGCCACUUAACAGGACAGCGUGCUGGGACGGGGGCGAGAGGAAACGAAGACCUGUCCCACGGAGAGAGAGAGAGAGAGACCGUGCUGUCCAGGGUGCCAGGCAGUCACGAAGACCUGUCCCAGAGACAGACCGUGCUGUCCAGAGCGCCAGGCAGUCGGGGGCACAGGGACAGAGAGGAUGCACGACCAGGAGCCGCGGGUAGCGAGUUCAAUUAA